UUUCUCUCUCUCUCUUUGGGUAAAAUUUUCAACGUUCAAAUCAAACUCUGGUCCAAAUCAUCGAAUCGAAAUCCCUAGCUGAGCUGCUGCUGCUGCUCGCUCCUCCUCGGCUUGCUCGUGCGAAACGAGCCGGUUCCUGCUCCCGAAUCUUCUCCGACGACCCUCGUAAAAUGAUCCGAUUCAUACUGUUGCAGAACAGGCAGGGCAAGACUCGUCUCGCCAAGUACUACGUCCCUCUCGAGGACUCCGAGAAGCACAAGGUCGAGUACGAGGUUCAUCGGUUGGUGGUCAAUAGAGAUCCCAAGUUCACCAAUUUCGUCGAGUUUCGAACACACAAGGUUAUUUACAGGCGAUAUGCUGGACUAUUUUUCUCGCUCUGUGUUGACAUAACGGAUAAUGAGCUUGCAUACUUGGAGUGCAUUCACUUAUUUGUGGAGAUUUUGGAUCACUUCUUCAGCAAUGUCUGUGAACUAGACUUGGUAUUCAAUUUUCAUAAGGUUUAUCUGAUACUUGACGAAUUCAUCCUUGCCGGUGAAAUCCAAGAAACAAGCAAGAAGGCAAUUAUAGAGAGAUUGGGGGAACUCGAGAAGCUAGAGUGAUGCUCCUUUUACCAUCUAAAGAAAUCUUCAAGUGGGAAAUUCGAUAUUCUGCAUCCCUCCCCUCCUCAUCAGUUCAGUGUAGCUAUUUUUUCUAGAGAUGUUCUGUUGUAUUGUGAUUGGUUUUGUCCACAUUGUUUGUGGAAAUGUGCUAUUCAAAAUUUUCUCUGCGUGCCAUUCGUGAUUGCUCCACUUUGUGGAAGUCUGUUCUUGUCAUUCGAUAAAUCAUCCGUGCUCGAUUCCAAGCUUUACGGGAUAGAGGCCCACCUUUUAUGUGAUUCAUCUUUUAUCCUC